UUGGGCAUUUGAAUUUUGGCUUUCGACGUCUUGUUUAGGGGCAUGCUGCUCGUGUAGUAAUAGUACUGAGGUUGUAUAGCGGUAAGAUGAUUGAGUGAGGAACCAGGUUGGAAGGGUUUGUAGAUGGGGAAAGGCGUAUAAAAAGCUCAGUAGGGCGCGAGUUUUGCAAGAGUAUCGCUCAGAUUCCUCAUCUCCUCAUACCUCGUCGAAAUAACUCACCAUGCAUCCUCUUAUCGCCGCUAUCGUGGUGUCCAUAACCACUCUCUCAGCCACCGCCACCGCCAUAGCAGUCCCCGAAGCCCCACUCCUCCACUCAGACUUCUCCUUCUCCGCCUGGGUAGACAGUCUCAUCGCGGACCCCAGCACGGCUCUAACACCCUCUGAAGCCAUCGCAGCUUUCAACUCCUCCCUCACCUCAUCUUCCUCUGCGCUCUCCAAGCGCCAGGAAUUCCGCAACUGCAACCAAAAGGGCUCGCGGCCUGCCAAAGUUCCCGAAGCAGUCUGGUGCAUUAAUUACCUUGCGGACCGGGGCCGGAAGGGCGAGACGUGCGAUUUGGGCACGCAGUUUGUUGCCAAGGCGCAGUGUACGUGGUAUGAUGCGCAGAUUGUUAGUAUUAGAACGAGGGGGGCAUUAACGGGGAUAAAUUGCAAUGAAAUUGCCAAAGCUGGAGGUUCGAUUAUGGAUCACUGUUUUCGCGCCGAUAAUACGGUGGCCGGCGAGGCUCAUGUUGGAGCUGUUACUAUUCAAUUACAGAUGCCCCUCGUCUAGCAUGUUUAUUUGCUAGUGCAAUGGAUUGUGUUUUAUCCUGUAGGUAGUGGAGUCGGUUUGAAUUGGCAGGUGUGUUAGUUAGUACAGAUUGAAGAGGGAGAUGGGAAGAACGGAUGAUGGUGUCUUCUAGCUUGUUGAGAAAUAUAUACGAAAUUGGAGAAUCAAGGAUUCGAAACGAAGUUCUUUCAAAUUGCUGGGGUUAGGGAACGCAACAAUACUUGAUUAGCGCAAUCGUACUCAUCAGACAAAGAAUUCUAGGGAUCACAGUCGAAA